GUCCAACCUACGGAGGAGAUGGCACACCUUCGAGACAUGCAGAACCAGAAUACCCGGCUGGACCCAGAGGAGUACUUCACCAAGCAGGAGCGGAUCGGGAAGGGUUCUUUCGGGGAGGUGUACAAAGGCAUCAACAACCGCACCAAGGAGGUAGUGGCGAUUAAAAUCAUCGACCUGGAGGAGGCAGAGGAUGAGAUAGAAGACAUUCAGCAGGAGAUCACAGUAUUGAGCCAGUGUGACAGUCCUUUUGUUACAAAGUAUUAUGGAUCAUACCUAAAGGGGACCAAACUGUGGAUUAUCAUGGAGUAUUUAGGUGGAGGAUCUGCUCUGGAUCUGCUCCGACCCGGACCUCUAGAAGAGACCUACAUUGCUACUAUACUAAGGGAAAUUCUUAAAGGGCUGGAGUACCUGCACUCCGAAAGGAAGAUUCAUAGAGACAUCAAAGCGGCCAAUGUGCUGUUGUCGGAGCAGGGCGAUGUGAAGCUUGCAGACUUUGGGGUUGCCGGACAGUUAACAGACACUCAGAUCAAGAGGAACACAUUUGUGGGCACACCUUUCUGGAUGGCGCCGGAGGUCAUCAAGCAGUCAGCCUAUGAUUUCAAGGCGGAUAUCUGGUCCCUGGGAAUCACUGCCAUUGAACUGGCCAAAGGAGAACCCCCCAACUCUGAUCUACACCCUAUGAGGGUCCUGUUCCUCAUCCCCAAAAACACUCCCCCCACAUUGGAAGGUCCUUAUAGCAAACCCUUUAAAGAGUUUGUGGAAGCAUGUCUAAAUAAAGACCCUCGUUUUAGGCCGACCGCCAAAGAGCUUCUGAAGCACAAGUUCAUCACACGCUACACCAAGAAGACAGCAUAUCUGACAGAGCUCAUAGACCGCUAUCGUCGCUGGAAGUCAGAGGGACACGGGGAGGAAUCCAGCUCUGACGACUCCGACAUGGAUGCUGACGGAGAUGUAGAUCAGUGUCCCAUGUGGACCUUCCCCACAGUCAGACCCAGUUCUAUGAACAAAUUGCAGAAGGGCUACACACACACAGAUGCAGAGUCUGGAGAUUCUAUGAAGAGGCAACCUAAGUCACAAUGCCUGUCUGCUUUGGUAACGCCCAUUUUCAGAGAGCUAAAGGACAAACGGCGAGCCAGCGGCGGAGGAGUCGGAGCCAUCGAGGAACUGGAAAAUGCCUUCAACCUGGCAGAGGAGUCCUGUCCAGGCAUCUCUGACCGUCUCGUCACACACAUGAUGGAGAGAGUGUGCAGGUUUUCUUUAAAUGGUAACACCACUCAAUCUUCGCGAUGA